AGUGAAACCGGAGAACUUUGAACUACUACGAAAAGUAGGUCACGGCAACUUCAUCGUGUUUGUGUGUCAGAAGAAUCUCACGAGAGAGACCUAAAGCUGGAAAUGUCGUCUGAAGUGUACGACUGUAUCGUCAUUGGCGCAGGGAUCCAGGGGUCCUGCACUGCCUAUCAGCUGGCCAAAAACCAGCAGAAAACUCUACUGCUGGAGCAGUUUGUUCUGCCCCACUCCAGAGGGAGCUCUCAUGGCCAGACCAGGAUCAUACGGAAAGCCUAUGAGGAAUAUUUCUACAUACAGAUGAUGCAGGAAAGCUAUGAGCUCUGGGCUCAGCUUGAGGAAGAAGCAGGUGUUGAGCUGUACAGGCGCACAGGCCUACUGGUUAUGGGUCCAGAGAACAGCGAGGGUUUCUCACGCCUACAGGCCACGAUGCAAAGCCACAAGAUUCCCAGAGUGGUUUUGGAGAAGCAGGAGUUCAGCCAGCACAUUCCCAAUGUGAAUCUCACCGACGGGAACGGAGCGCUGAUAGACACCCUUGCCGGGGUGCUGUAUGCGGACAGAGCCCUCCGAGCUGUACAGAGGCUCUUUCAGUCCGGUGGGGGUGUGAUAAAGGACGGGGAGAAAGUGAUUGACAUCACGCCUGGUGCUGUGGUCAGUGUAACCACAGGCUCUGGAGUCUACAGAGGGAGAAACCUGGUGAUCACAGCUGGACCCUGGGCAAACAGACUACUGACACACACUGCACUGCAGCUGCCACUCAAGGUUGUAAAGAUUAACGUUUGCUACUGGAAGGAGAAGAUCCCAGGCACCUAUAGUGUCAGCCAACGUUUUCCAUGUUUUAUACAGAUGGAGCCGAAAGAAGGGGAAUAUGAUAUUUACGGCCUCCCGUCCAAUGAGUAUCCAGGACUAAUGAAGGUGUGUUACCACAUGGGCAGCGAGACUGAACCGGAUGAGCGAGAUAAACAGACGGAUAGAGGCGACAUCGAUAUUCUCAUGCGCUACAUCACCCGCUGUCUCCCUGGGCUGGUGCCAGUGCCCGCUGUGGUGGAGAGCUGCAUGUACACGGUCACACCAGACCACCACUUUGUCCUUGAUUCCCACCCAACCUACGGCAACAUCAUCAUCGGUGCUGGAUUCUCAGGCCACGGCUUCAAGUUCGGCCCUAUCAUAGGGAAGGUGCUCUCUCAAUUGGCCAUGGGGCAGGUUCCCUCACACGACCUCUCACCUUUCGGUAUUAAACGUUUCCAGUCCCAAGCCAGAUCUUCACUUUAAGUCCAAGACCCUACAAUGACAAAGCUGCAUUUUAUAUAUUAAUAAAACAGAAUGUUGAUGUCUGACU